GGGAAGGCUGAAGGGAACGAUGGGGAGUGCCAAGAAGCCUCAAGGAGUGAGUGUGCCCAGCACUGCGCCCACUCAACCACCAUCAAACUGGCCCCGGCUGACCAGACUGGUUGCCCCUGGCCCUCCCUGACACCCAUCUGGGGGUCCCAUGUGUGCCCAGGCUGGAUCCAGGCCUGGGGGGAAGAGGCAUGUGGGGGGUGUCACAACAGCAGCUGACACAGGACAGGGAGAGGAGGAGGAGGAGGUAGAGCAGCCAAAGGAUAUCUGUUCUCAUCCAUGCUGGCUGUGCAUCGCCUGCUCCAGUGCCUUCACUGCAGUGGCGUUGCCAGAACCUCGCUCCAGUUCACAGUGGGCUCCUCAUCCCACAGUGCCCUGUCGGAACUGCACAGAAUGUUUGCUCCCCCAUCCCGCCGGGGUUGUCCCGGUGCCGCUCUGGUGAUGUCACAAACCGUGGGCGCCCAGCACAGGCCCCUUCCAGCCACUGCUGCUGCCCCCCCGCCACCAUCUUGUGCCUUUUCCUUCGAGCCCAAAGCGGCCCCCGUGGCCUGCCCUCGCCCGCCAUCUCCCACCCCUUGGACAGCCCACAGCCCCAGAAUGGGCACCAGGAAGGAGCUGUGCAAGCCAGAGAAGCUCUUUCCUAUUUUCAGCCAGCUGUGCCAGUGUCCUGCUGGAGAGUUGGGCCAGCUUGUCCGAGGUGUGCCUGCUCUGGUCCAGGAUGACAAGCUGGUGAGGCAGGAGGCUGACAGCAACAUCCUCACCCUCAUCCAAAUAAAUGGGCACACCGUGAUACUGACCCACUGCAACAAUUUAGGGGGAAACCCUUUCUUUGGCCCUCAGGAUAAACUCCCUUCUGAAUCUGCCCACCUGGGCGGGGGAAGCAGCAGGUUCCGGCACAGUGUGAUGGCAGAUGUGGGGGAACAUCCCAAGGGAUGGAAGCCCACAUGGGUUGCCGCGUCCCUACUGUGUGCACAAAAACACCCCGGGCAAGAGGAGCUGUCUGUGCCCUGCUUUGAGACCCACCAGUAUCAGCCUUCAAACCACUGGAACAGCCUUUGGAAGUCAGACUGGACUUUUGCCCUGGCUCCACGUACCACUGAUGUUACAGGGAUCCUUUUCCUCCAGGCACGCUGCUUCGAAGUUGCCAGCCUCCAUGUAAAUGUCAGCAAGCCUGAGAAUGAGACUCUAAAUGUGACAGACCAAAGGCAGUUUGCCACAGAUUUUGUGAAACUUGUGAAAGCUGAGGACACCAAGUUUCAUAUUGCCAUUCUGGAAAACGUUCAGGUUUUGUCAGAGGAUAUAUGAGGGGGAAAUCUGUCGAGGAAACUCCCUGUUAGUCACACUUUUAUGAACUGGAAUAAACUAUUGAAUGAUCAGCAUCUGAACACCAGUGUCUCCAAUGUCAAAGUGUUUCCAUGGUACUGAAAUAAACCCUUUGAUAUGGUGUCCUAAAUAUAAAAAAAGAAGAAAAAUACAAAAUGGGGUUGUUUGUUUGAUUUAUUUCUG